CGACAUUAGCUUUCAUUCUUCAACUCAUCCAUCGAGCCAUAUUAAACAUCAUAUCAUGUAUGCAGCACAGCAGAGCGCCAGUUUGUUCCUUGGAGGAGAGCGCACCACAGGACAGAACAUCAGGGAUCAGAAUGUCCUUGCUACGUCCUCGAUUGCCAACAUUGUCAAGUCAUCUCUUGGACCCGUUGGUCUGGACAAAAUGAUUGUCAAUGAAAUUGGAGAUGUUACUAUCACUAAUGACGGAGCCACCAUCCUCAACAUGCUGGAAGUGGAGCACCCUGCAGGGAAGAUUCUUGUCGAGUUGGCUCAACAACAGGAUAAGGAGGUGGGUGAUGGUACCACAUCGGUUGUAAUCAUUGCUGCCGAACUCUUGAAAAGAGCCAAUGAGCUUGUCAAGAACAAGAUUCACCCCACUACCAUCAUUACUGGAUACAGAUUGGCAUCAAAGGAGGCAUGCAAGUUCAUUGCUGAUCAAAUGUCGAUCAAGGUUGAGGCCCUUGGACGCGAUUGUCUUGUCAAUGCUGCAAAGACUAGUAUGUCCAGCAAAAUCAUUGGGUCCCAUGAUGAAUUCUUCUCAAAUAUGGCUGUGGAUGCUAUGUUGGCCGUUAAGACGACAAACAGUCGUGGUGAACACAAAUAUCCUGUUAAGGCUGUCAACGUAUUGAAGGCUCAUGGAAGGAGUGCAACCGAGUCUAUGUUUGUCAAGGGGUAUGCCCUCAACUGCACAGUUGCCAGUCAGGCAAUGAAAACCAAAGUUACCAAUGCCAAGAUCGCUUGCUUAGAUAUCAACCUUCAAAAAGUUCGCAUGAACUUGGGAGUACAUAUUCAAGUAGAUGAUCCUGAUAAGCUUGAGGAUAUUCGCAAGAGGGAAAGUGAUAUUACUACGGAGCGUAUCAAAAAGAUCCUUGCUACAGGAGCCAAUGUUAUUUUAACGACAAAGGGGAUCGAUGACAUGUGCUUAAAAUUGUUUAUUGAGGCUGGCGCCAUGGCUGUUCGUCGCUGUAAGAAGGAAGAUCUUCGUCGCAUUGCCAAAGCUACCGGCGCCACCUUGAUCUCAACGCUGGCAAACUUGGAAGGUGAGGAGACAUAUGAUGCUUCCUACCUGGGACAUGCAGAGGAGGUUGUUCAGGAGAGGAUCUCGGAUGAUGAGUGCAUCUUGAUCAAGGGUACCAAGGCUCAGUCGUCCGCAUCGAUUAUUCUCCGUGGUGCAAAUGACUUUAUGUUGGAUGAAAUGGAACGCUCGCUACAUGAUUCGCUCUGCGUUGUAAAAAGGACAUUGGAGAGUGGAAGUGUCGUUCCCGGAGGCGGUGCAGUGGAGACUGCAUUGAACAUUUAUCUUGAGAAUUUUGCAACUACUCUGGGCUCGCGUGAACAACUAGCUAUUGCAGAGUUUGCUAGCGCCUUGCUUGUGAUCCCCAAGACGUUAGCAGUCAAUGCUGCCAAGGAUUCCACGGAUUUGGUGGCCACACUUCGUGUCUACCAUAAUGCCUCUCAGAACGAUAAGGCGCGCCAGGGCUUGAAGUGGUAUGGUCUAGACUUGAUUAAGGGAGAGCUCCGUGAUAAUGUUCAUGCUGGGGUUCUUGAGCCAACAUUGUCCAAAGUCCGAGCGCUGCGGUCGGCUACAGAGACUGCACUAUCCAUUCUACGUAUUGAUGACAUGAUCACAGUAGCACCUGAGCAAAGAGGAGAGCAGGAUGAUGGCCAUGGACAUUAAAAAUCAUAGACAUUUAUUACAUGGACUUUUUAACGGUAGAAAAAAAAAAAAAAGUGUUUUUCCCCUCUUUGUUAUGUAUUUUCGAC